AUGGUGACCGCCGCACUGGGGGCGCUGGGUCCUCUGCUAGGGAAGCUCGCCGAUUUGCUCGCCAGUGAGUGCGGCCGACUCAAAGGGGUCCGCCGUGAGAUCCGCUCCCUCAAGGUUGAGCUUGCCGGCAUGCAUGGUGCGCUCAUGAAGUACACCAGGCUAGAGAAUCCUGAUGAGCAUGUGAGGAUAUGGGUAUCGCUGUCGCUGGUCAGGGAGCUGUCCUACGAUACGGAGGAUUGUUUUGACAAGUUCAUCCACCAGCUCGGCGAUGGUGGGGGUCCUGACGGCGGAUUCAAGGAGUUCUUCCGCAAGACUGCUCGGCGUCUGAAGACGCUUGGAGCUCGGCGUGGGAUCGCCAACCAAAUCGAUGAUCUGAAGCUUCGUAUCAAGGAGGUGAAGGAACUCAAGACUAGCUACAAGCUGGACGAUAUUGCUUCUAGCUGCUCUUUUUGCUGA